AUGGAUCGCAGUUGGAUACCAAAGUCAAAACCGGGUGAUCUAGAAUAUAUGGCAGGAGUAAAGGAAUUUAUCAAUUUCGCCAUUAAGAACUCCGGAGGUCGUACUAGGUUACCUUGUCCUUGUUUUAGGUGCCAUAAUUUUUUGCAUAAAAGAGUAGAUGAAAUACUUAAUCAUUUGAGCAGAUCGGCUUUUGAUAUAACAUAUACUGUUUGGAUUUGGCAUGGGGAGGAUAUGGAAGGUUCUUCUAGAAAAAGUGUGGAGGAAGAUGAAGGUCCUAGUGUUGAUGAAGGUGAUAGGUUAGAGGAUAUGUUACGGGAUGUUCAUGGUAAGUUUGAUGAGAAUCCUUCUACAUUUGAGAAAUUGUUAGUUGAUUCUGAAAAGCCUUGGUAUAAAGGGUGCGAAAGGUAUACAAGAUUGUCAAGUGUACUUAGGUUAUAUAAUUUGAAGGCAGGUCAUGGGUUGAGCGAUGCAGGUUUUACUGAAUUCCUUGAAGUAGUGAAAGAUAUCCUUCCUAGCGAUAAUGUACUUCCGAGUAAUACAUAUGAGGCAAAAAAGAUUUUGUCCUCAAUGAGCUUGUCUUAUGAUAAAAUCCAUGCUUGCCCUAAUGAUUGCAUAUUAUAUAGAAAUGAACAUGAAUCAUUACAAAGUUGCCCUGUUUGCAAUGCCUCACGGUAUAAGAAGAAGGAAGGAGUUCCAGCUAAGGUUCUUUGGUACUUUCAUAUAAUACCAAGAUUUAAACGUCUUUUUUCAAAUGCUGGAGAUGCUGAAAAGUUGACAUGGCAUCAUAACGGUCGUAUUAAGGAUGAUAAGCUUAGACACCCGGCUGACUCCCCGCAAUGGAGGUUUAUUGAUGGAAAAUUCCCUGAGUUUGGUAAAGAAGAACGAAACCUACGCCUUGCAUUAUCCACAGAUGGUAUGAAUCCAUUUCGCUCGCUUAGUUCGACCUAUAGUACUUGGUCACUAAUUUUGGUUACCUACAACCUACCUCCUUUGUUAUGUAUGAAAAAGUACAUGAUGCUUUCAUUGUUGAUUUCUGGUCCUAAACAACCAGGAAAUGACAUUGAUGUGUACUUAGCUCCCCUCAUUGAUGAUUUGAAGAUGCUAUGGGAUUCAGAAGUGUAUGAUGCACACCGAAAUGAGACGUUUAAUCUUAGAACAUUGUUGUUUUGCACCAUUCAAGAUUAUCCAGCCUAUGGUAAUCUUUCUGGGUAUACCACGAAAGGAAAACACCCUUGUCCUAUAUGUGAGGAUGGUACAAGAGGAAAGUAG